AUGAAGCCCGUCGACAAGGCCGCAAGUCUGACUGCACUCGGCAACACGGACGAGGCAACGUCAUUAGAAGAACCGGGAAACUCUGAUCGCUAUGACAAUAUGACCAUGUUUGAGCUCCAGGACGAGCUCAUGAAACGGCGACUCCAUCACAUUUAUCCUGGCCGGACCUUUGACGAUAUGCGUGUCAGGCUACGCAAGUCAGAAGAGCUUCUUCGUGAGCGUGGAUUGAAGGGGAGGUGGUCGGGUUUCACCAACGCCGAAAUGGCUUCCCGUCUGCGGGUGUCAGAUGAAUGCCUUCCACACCAGAUUCCGAAGCGCUGGCGCUUGAAGGAGGCCCCAACCUACUUCGCGUCAGCGAGGGCUGAGUUAUACAAUGGCUUGACCAAGGCAGAAAUUGACCUCGUACUGAAAGCUCGAGGACUUCGAAGUCUUGGCCACAAAGAGAAUGUCGACGACGCCAUCCGGUGCUUGGUGGCGUGUGAUAAAGGAGAGGCGAUAGGUUUCGGGUGGCUCGCCCUUGGCACCAAACCCGUCUACUCCAGGCUGUCAUCGCUCGACCCAAGCGCCUCCCCACUCGCAGCGGCGGCCGAUGAUCCUGUGGCCAAACGUGCGCGAGACUAUAACGCGAUGUUCACCUAUCAGCAUAUCGUUUCAAUGUGUAAGCAAGAAGGUCUGCGGUGGCAGGCUGCGGGAUUGAGCGCGCGAGUUGUCAAUAUCCGCAAGGACAUUCUUUGCUACCGGCUCGCAUUGAAAGAGGCCGCACAUGUCGAGGAGGACUGGCUACUCGAAUCGCUCGACAUACCCAAAUACGCGGCUAAACCUAAACCGGACUCCGAGCGCGCAGCCAGACCUCAAAUUACGAACCGAGGCGAGAGUUCUAUCGACUACGUCAAACUGUCCUUUGUAGCCCUUCGGCUCGCUGUCAGAGGUCGUGGCCUCUCCGUUUUACCCGACGAGGAACUAAUGGCGUUCAAGCUCAUGGCCCACGAGCACAAAGGCAAGCUUCCUGAAUCCUGGUUCGGACCGUUCGGACGACAGUAUUACGCACACCAACCUCGCGUCAUUGAGUUGAAGAACUUGGGCAAGGACGAGCUCGUAAGACGCCUGCGGGAAGCCGACAUUCCAGCGGUGACGAGGCAGGACUUGGUGAACAAGUUGAUCAAAUCGUAG